UUUCUGUGUAUGGGACUGAGCUGACCUUUUUCCCAAACAUCCUGUAGUGACGCCCCAUCCCUCCCUCGUUCUCAUGUGUCUGUUUCCUGUUCUUGCACAAUUCUCUGGUUUUCCUCUUCGUGGCUCUUCCACAGAUACAUUAAGUGAUGAUGGAUGAUCAUUCAACAGGAGGCCCAGCUGAGCCCAUCACCACUGUGACCGGUGGCAAUAAGCCUUUGCAUCGCUUCCUUAGAGGAGAACCCAAGACUAUUGGAAUUGUGUUGGUGAUCAUGGGCAUAUGUCUCAUCAUGUUUGGAAUUCCUGUACACACGACUUUGUACAGUUCAGUAGACGCAUUGAGCCCAUUCUGGCUUGGCAUUCUGUUCAUCACCUGUGGCAUUCUGUAUAUAAUGUCUGAAAACAACCCAACCAAAAAGAUUAUCACAGCUAGCUUUGCUGUCAGUAUUGUCUCAGCCAUUGGAGUGUUAGUUGCUGGCAUAAACCUCAUAAGGGCUUCAAUUGACCUCCAGCACCAACACUGGUUUUAUGAUGGGAAUGAUACGGACAACUAUUAUUAUGGAAGACAACAAUACUUGUCUGUUGAUGUCAUGGAGCGAGUGUUCCUCUUUCACAGUCUGAUAGGGGGCGUUCUGAUUGUAACCAUGAUGUUUUUUGCCAGAGCUGCGUUACGCUCCAGUAGAACACGGGCUGUUGUUGUUAUGAGAAAUCUGCCGUCAGUGGAGUAGACCAGACCAAACAAACCAAAACCAUCGCAAUGAGAAUCUGAAGAACCACACUCAUGUGCGAUGUUAAAUGUGUUAAACAAUAUUAAACUGUUGUUUAUGUAAAAUGUUUUUACAAUGUGAAUAAGAGAAACAACAGUAUGUUGACAAAUUAGCUGUUGUUUCAAUAAUUUACUAACAAUGUGCAUAACUCAUAAGGUACAGUAUAUACAUUUUAUGUUUGUACUUUGUAUUUUGUAUGUGUGAUAGUCUAGGAACGUUUUUAUAACUGCAUGAAUGGCCAAUUAUAUAUUUUUAUUUUUUAAUAAACAAAUUAAACACAUUAUGAUUUGCUUAAAAGCCUGGCUGGAACAACAUUUUCAUAGCCUGCUCAUAAUCAUUUGUCAGACAACAAAGCUUUUUGAAAGAUGUGUGUGUUAAAGAGCACCUAUGUUGAUAAAAACAACAUUAUUUGGUGUAUUUGGUGUAAUAAAAAGUGUUUGCAUAGU